AUGUCGAAGGUUGACGGAACGCCGUCCUCGGCCCCACGCUCCCCGCGAUCUCCGCCGGCUGCGGACCCUCAGCCCGCCCCUUACAGCACCUGGUCCGGGCCGCCCAGCCGGAGCAACAUUCUCACCCGCCAACUGGCGGCCCUUGCCCUCAUCAUCCUGCUCUACACGGCUUCCACCCCCUUCACGCCCGUCGUGUGGGUCCUGAAUCUCGACGGCAGUACCCUCUUCGACCGCCUCUUCGCCGGCAUCGCCAUGCUGUCGGCAUGCUAUUUCCAAUGGCGCAUUGCGGGCAUCACGCACCCUCUCGCCGUCGUUCUCCCCGGCUCAAGCCGCUCGACCAUUCGCAAUGGUCGCAUUGAGCAGGGCUCAACACUUGGCUUUGUAUGGCACCCGAGCAAUUACUGGCCCUACAUCAUCUGCGAGGGUAUGCUCUUGGGCUUGGCCGAGUUCGGUCCGAGUGAGAUGUUGAGGAGGAGCAUCGUCUGCGGCGUUGUCGCUGGUCUCUGGGCAGUCGGAUACAGCGCCACGCCCGAGUCGACGAAGAGGUGGGCGUACGAGCACCUCAAGGCUUGGAUGUUCUGGAUGGUCUUGGAUGAGCUGAUGCGAGUCGGAGGAAGAAGCUACAGCGGGCGUCGUCGUCGGUACUAA